AUGGCGAUGGCGAUGGCGCAGUCCGGCUAUGAACGCCUCACAGCAGAAGAAAUGGACGAGAGGAGGCGUCAGAACAUCGCCUACCAGUAUCUCUGCCGCCUGGAGGAAGCUAAGCGCUGGAUUGAGGCUUGCUUGAGGGAGCCCCUGCCCCCUCCGACGGAGCUGGAGGAGGCUCUGCGGAACGGCGUCACCCUGGCCAAGCUGGGGCAUUUCUUUGCGCCCGAUGUGUGCCCCUUGGGGAAGAUUUACGAUCUCGACCAGACCCGAUUCCAGGUCUGCGGGCUCCACUUCCGUCACACGGACAACAUCAACCGCUGGCGGGACGCCAUGAGCCGUGUUGGGUUGCCUGUGAUCUUUCACCCAGAGACCACUGACAUUUACGACAAGAAGAACAUGCCCCGCGUGGUGUACUGCAUCCAUGCCUUGAGCUUAUUCCUGUUUAAACGUGGGCUGGCUCCCCAGAUUCAGGAUUUGUAUGGAAAAGUUGACUUUACAGAGGAAGAAAUAAGCCAUAUGAAAGGGGAGCUGGAGAAAUAUGGCUUGCAGCUUCCCUCCUUCAGCAAGAUUGGCGGGAUCCUGGCUAAAGAGCUCUCUGUGGAUGAGGCAGCCGUGCACGCGGCCAUCCUGGCUAUCAACCAUGCGAUAGACGUGGGGAUUGUGGCCGAGACCGUGGCAGCUUUGUGCAACCCCAGCGCCAUGCUGGCUGUCCUGCAGGAGAGCCUGGGGGCCCUCUACCAGGAAGAGCUCUCCCGGGCCAAAGCGGAGAAGGCCGAGAACUCAAAGAAUCGGCAUCUGCAAAAGAUACCUGAUGGUGAAGACAUUUAUGACUGGUGUUUGACCCAAGCUGAAAUACAAGGCAGCGUCAACUUGGUGAACCUCAGGAGCGCCCUCGGGAUGGUGGAUGAUGCACUGGAGGCUCAGGACCCUCAGGCCUUGUACUGCGUUUUGCAAAAUCCUGUCCUGGCCCUGAGGAACCUGCGGCGGGACAAUGCAAGCUGGUACCUGGAUCAACUGAACACCGACCGGGAGGAGAAGGCCCUGGAACUGGGCUACGUUGACUUGCUCGAGCAAGGAGAAAUUCAAGCUGGACUUUACGUGGCCAACCAGAGGAGCGAUCAGGAGCGUGCUGUCACGCAUGCCGUGAGCGGCAUCAACGCUUCCCUGCGAAGAGGGGUGGCGGAGGAGACGGUGCGGGCACUGGCGGACCCUGAGGCUCAGCUCCCGGAGGUCUUCUCCUUUGCCGCCAAGCUCUACCAGCAGGAACUGUCUGCUCUGCAGCGGCAGCAACCCCAGGGGAAGCUGGCCCAAGAGGAGCUCUUCGUCGCGGUGGAGAUGCUGUCUGCGGUGGCGCUGGUCAACCAAGCCCUGGAGGACGGAGAUGGCUCCAGCUUCUGGGGAAGCCUCCUCAGCCCCACCCUGGGCCUCUCCGGCGUGGAAGAGGGCCACGCGCAGCGCUAUUUUGAGGGCCUGUCGAAACAGAAGUGCCUCCUUCGGGAGACCUGGUGUGACUUCCUGAGUUGGAAUGAUAUCCAGGCUUCGGUGGAUGACGUGAAUGCCUCCAUCCAAGAAGAGAGGGACAAAAUCCUGGCUGUCCGGCUGAUCAACGAGGCUCUGCAGGGUGCCUGUCCAGAGAAGACCCUCGCAGCUUUGCUCCUGCCGUCGGCCGGCUUCUGCGACGUGCUGCUCCCCAGAGCCAAGCGGUACCAUUUCAUUCUGGCCCAGAUGUUGAGGCAGAAAGCCCAGGUGACGGGAGAUGCCGGAGUGAUGCUGUGGUGGGAAGAAAUCCGGGAGGGGGUCUGCAGGGCCAACCAAGACAGCAAAGCUGCAAGACGAAUGGCCCUGGGCAUCGCUGCCAUUAACCAGGCCGUCAAGGAAGGGAACGCAGCCCAAACCGUCCGCGUCCUGCGCAAUCCAGACGUGGGUCUCUGUGGUGUGGUGGUGCAGUGUGCCGUGGCUUAUCAGGCGCAGCUUGGUGCUGCUGUGGCUGCGCGAAAGCCUGGAGGGGACUCGAAAGCGCCCUGGGUGCGGCACGGGCUGAAAGACGGCACGGAGUACUACUUCAACCUGCGGUCCUUUGAGGGUUUGUGGGAGCGGCCCAGCCCCCCCACCCUCAACUCGGCCCACCUCAGCCGGGAGGAGAUCCAGGCGGCCAUAGCCCGGGUGACGUCUGCCCACGACCGGGAGCGCCUCUGGGAAUCCCAUGCCCAGCUUGUCCUCCGGCUGCAGGCCCGGAUGAGGGGCUUCCUUGUCCGCCGUGAGUGGGCAGCCCGGCGACGGUUCCUGUCCCAGCAGGGGCUGGCUGCUCUUAAAAUCCAGGCCUCCUGGCGUGGAUACCAGCAGCGCAGAAGCUACUUGGAGAGGCUGUGCCACCUGCGGAGGAACACAGCCGCUGUGAUCAAGAUUCAGUCCUGGGUACGGAUGUGGUAUGCCCGAAAACGGUACCUGGAACGCUUGUGCUACUUCAGGAAGAAUGUUCAAGCCGUGAUUAAGAUCCAGGCUUUCGUACGAGCUAAUAAGGCAAGGGAAGAUUACAGGAUGUUGGUGCACAGCAGGAACCCCCCCAUCAGCAUCAUCCGGCGCUUUGCCCAUCUGCUGGAACAGAGUCAGCAGGACUAUGAGGAGGAGCUGGAGCUGCUGGCUCUCCAGGAGAACUUGGUGAGGGGGAUCCGCUCCAACCAGCAGCUGGAGAGCGAUCUCGAUCUUAUGGACAUCAAAAUUGGGUUGCUGGUCAAGAACAGGAUCACUCUGCAGGAGGUGGUAUCGCACUGCAAGAAGCUGACCAAGAAGAACAAAGAGGAACUCUCCAGCAUGAUGGACUGGAGCAAGGAGAACGGGCUGAAGGCUCUCAGCAAGGAGAGGCGGAAGGCCCUGGAGGCCUAUCAGCACCUCUUCUACCACUUGCAGACUCACCCGGUGUACUUGGCCAGGCUGAUCAUGCAGAUGCCGCCCAGCAGGUCCACCAAGUUCAUGGAGUCGGUGGUCUUCAGCCUCUACAGCUACGCCUCGGGCACCAGGGAGGCUUACCUCCUGCUCCGGCUGUUUCGGCGUGCCCUGCAAGAGGAGAUCACGUCAAAAGUGACUCAGCUCCGGGAGAUCCUGACGGGGAACCCAACCGUGAUCCGUAUGGUGGUGAGCUUUUAUCGCAACGUGCGUGGGCAGAACGCCUUGCGCCAGAUCCUGGGAGAGCCAGUGCAGGAAGUUCUGCAGAACAGAAGCCUGAGCAUUCGCACGAGCCCCGUGGAGAUCUACAGGGGGUGGAUCAACGAAAUGGAGUCCCGGAGCGGACAAAAGAGCAACCUGCCGUACAACGUCACCCCCGAACAAGCCCUCGGUCACCCCGAGGUCCAGAAGCGGCUGGACGCCUCCCUCGGCCAUCUCCUCGUGCUGGCGGACAAGUUUCUCUCGGCCAUCCUCUCUUCGGUGGACAAAAUCCCGUAUGGGAUGCGCUACAUGGCCAAGGUCUUGAAGACAACCUUGACUGAGAAGUUUCCAGAUGCCUCCAAGGAAGAGAUCUACAAGGUGGUGGGCAAUCUGCUCUAUUACCGCUUCAUGAACCCGGCUGUGGUGGCGCCCGAUGGCUUUGAUGUCGUGGAUCUCUCUGCUGGAGCCCCCCUGCACCCUGACCAACGACGCAAUUUGGCCUCCGUGGCCAAGAUCCUGCAGCACGCGGCCGCCAACCAGCUGUUUGAGGGAGAAAACAGCCACCUGAACGUGGUAAAUCAGUACCUGGAGGAAACGCACCAGAAGUUCAGGGCAUUUUUCAGCGCAGCCUGUUCGGUCCCUGAACCAGAAGAGAGGUUUGAUGUGGACAAAUAUUCCGAGAUGGUUGCCAUCACCAAACCGGUGGUCUACGUCACAGUUGGGGAGCUGGUUAACACCCACAAGCUGCUCCUGGAGCACCAGCGCUUCCUGGCUCCCGAUCCUCAGGAUUCUCUGCACAAGCUUUUGCAAGAUCUUGGAGAGGUGCCGACCGUUCCCUCGUUAAUCGGGCACAGCCUGGGGCAAGGGGCGAGCAGGAACUGGGAGCAGGCGCUGUCUCAGCUCUCCAGAACGGAGCUGUCGCUCACGCUGAGCAGCAAAGGAGGCAUGGUGGAGGCUGACGCCAAGGGGGAAACGGACUCCCAAGGCCUGUGGCUAAGUACCAAACAGAUGCUGGUGGAUGUGAUCCGGUCACACCCCGGAGGCUCCCUGGCUGAGAUCCUGCAUGCAACGGCGUCGGAGGACGAGGAGCAGCUCCACCGUCAGCUCGUGGGCAGACGGGCCUUUUGCCACCCGCAGAGCGAGCAGCGGGCGCUGCACCGCCUCUCCCGGCCCGGCAGCAGCCACCUUUCCCUCGCGGAGAAGAAGGAGAAAAUCUUCGGAAACCUGCGGAGCCUGGAGCGCCUGGGUUUGGUGGGCUCGGCCGUCCCGUCCCAGGCUCUCCUCAGUGAGAUUGCCAAGGACAUCUGCUCCCAGAGGCAACACCGGCAGCGCCGCAGGGCGCAGCUGGCAAAGCUGCAGCAGACUCUGCGAGGCCUCGGCUCCAAGCGGAGGUUCUACGAGGAGCAGGUGGAUUACUACCAACGGUACAUCCGGGCCUGCCUGGACCACCUGGCCUCUGGAAGCAGGCCCAGCAAGAAACAGGCAGUUCUGCAUUACACUGCAGCCCGCCUCUUUGAAAAGGGCGUUCUGCUGGAGAUUGAAGACCUCCCGUUAAACCAACUUAGAAACGUCAUUUUUGAAAUUAUUCCUUCACGGGAAGCUGGAAAGUUCCAAGUCAAGGCAAAGUUUAUGGGGAUUGAUAUGGAAAACUUUCAGCUUCAUUACCAGGACCUCCUCCAACUCCAGUAUGAAGGUGUUGCCAUCAUGAAGAUGUUUGACAAAGCCAAAAUCAACGUCAACCUUCUCAUCUUCCUCCUGAACAAGAAGUUUUUUAAGAAAUGAGGGGGAGGGGCUGCUUGGGGCAACGGCCAUGGAAUAUUGGGGGCCAUGUGGGAAAGAUGCCAAAGAGAGAGAGGGGCUUGCUUUACUCCCGUUCUGCUUCCAAGAAACCCAGAACCAUCCGCUCAGAGGGACCCUGAGGGGGCAUCUGGGCUGGACCACCGCACUGGCAGACCCUUGCAUGGCAGAAUGCUUCCUUGCGCAUGCACAUUUCUUGCAUGUAGAAUGCUGGUACAGUAGGUCAAGGACAUGCUAGUUUUCUAAGUGCAAAGCAUUUCAUCUGCAAUCCAGCCCACCACCCCAGAUAUCUGCUCUCCCGUUCCUAACGCCUCGGUGCCCAGGGAAGAACUGCGAGAUGUUCCCAGUCUGGAAAGAAAAAGUCAAUCCCAUAUCUUGGAUUCAAACGCUCUCAGUUGCUAACUCUGAGGAGGCUGAUGGCGUCCACCUGGGCUAGCCCGUCCUCCUGUUCGCAUCCAUCCUCUGGACCCCACAGCCUCGGUUGGUGGCAGGGAUGCUUUCGGGCAGCAGUUUGUCUGGGGCAGCUGGCAAGCGUCUGGCUGGGCAUCUUGUGCUGCUAGCUAUAUAGAGGGGAGGGAGGGUGUGUGCAUGAGAGAGAGAUUCAUUUUAGAACUUCUCACUUGCAAUCCUGAGGGUUUACACAGAAUCAACUUUCCUUGGAGUGGAGAGUUUCAGCAAUUCAGAUUUGUGGAUUGCACCCCACCCAGCGCUAGGCUGAACCAGAAGCUGCAAAGUUGAAAAGGGCUCAAUUAUUUUUAUACCGGCGCUUGGAAGGCUACCGAAAACUGAGAACUUAGAAUUCUUCCUGAUAAUAUAAGUUUUCAAUCAAAAGAAUAUGAUGAUUAGAUAUCAAGUUUGCACUGAAUGCUAACAUUCUCAGACAUUUUAUUAAAAUAUGCAAUAAACCCCAUUAUUCAAUUUUUAAA